UGCGGCCCUCCUCCUUCAAUUUCGCCGCUGUUGCUUUUGCUGCUUCCUCCCUCCGCAAAACGCCAUCCAGAAGUGCAGUCGUCGCCGCCGUUUAUAAAAGCGUGGCGCAUCAGGUGCUAUCGCCGCAUUCGGCAAACGAGAGACGGCUCUCUUCUCCCGCAACCGGCAAACUUGUUGCCCGCCGAGUUGUUUCGCCCGCCCUCCGUCGCACGUCGCCACCGCCGCAUAAUUAUUUUUUGUGGGUGUUUCCCGGCGUUUGUUAUCCUUGCUCGCCUCCCCCCCCCCUUUCACUCCCCUCCCCCUCCCGGUUCUUCUUUUCUCUUAGAGCGUUUAGUAUUUCCGUGAUCGCUCCUCGCUUCCCGCCUCAGGAAAGCCGGCAACUUUAUCGUACAACACGUCGUGUUCUUGCCAGUCGUCCGGCCCUCUUUUUAUUGCUGUUAUUUUCACUGGGGUUAAAAUAAAGAACCGAACUAAGCUGUAACGCCGUGAACGAGCCGUCGCCUGGGUCCCAGGGUGUCGCGUUGUGCCUUCUGCUCGCUUCUUUUUUUUUAUUCUUCUCCCCGGUGUCGUCUGCUAUCCCGGUCACCGGCAGUUGUCGUCUGCUGCUGUGGCUGCUGCUUCUGCUGCCCCCAACAACAAGACCGCAGUGACCGCGCGGAACCCGGUGUAUUCGCCUCUGUAGAUGUUUUGUGGGACUGUGCACUAUCCGGAUGUUGUCGCGUUACGCGAUCGGUAGUGGCCGGACGCACUAGUGCCAAAGUGCAGUUGCACCCAGUGCGUGAACCAGCGCCGAACCUUCUGCCAGCCACUUCACUCCCGGCACCUUGAGCGCAGCGAAGUCGAAUGGGAAACACGAUGCAUCACCGGCACGACAACGCCGUUCCCUGCCACGGGACCCUAUCCGAUUGCGUCUUCUGCUGCGUCUUCCUCACGGCCUUCUCGUCGGCGGUGGUGUUGAACUCAUCGCCGGCGUACAACGCUGUAGGCAGUCGGCCCCACCCGGCGUCGGUGUACACUUCGUCGGCGUGCGACGACUGCGCCGCACGCAAGCUAGCCGAACAGGCCAACAGCGAAGAGUACCGGUACGCCCGCAUAGAACUUAUCAAGCAGCAGAUCCUGAAGAAACUUCGCCUGAAAGAGCCACCCAACGUGCGGAUACCGAGGUCCGUGCUGCCUUCGGUCCUCGCCGACAAGGAGGUCCUCCUGUCGCAGACGACGCCGGCAGCAGACGAUGAGAGAAACUCUCGACACCGGGAGGACUACUACGGCAGCAUGCAGACGGCAGUGAUCUUUCCGCACAACGAUUCCCACGACUGCGUCUCCAGGAGCCCGCACCUGGGCAGCUGCUUCGUCUUCCACCUGAGCACCGAACUGACGAGCCGCAGCGUGGAACACGCCGAGCUCUGGGUCUUCAAGGACCUGGACCCGUCCGCUACCUCGGCCGUCAACCACACCUUUGUCGUGUCCGAGCUGUCCGUGACCGACGCGCACCGCAGCAACCGGCACCACUCCCACCAGCCUGUGCUCCGCAAGCGGGUCGUCGCCUUCGAGAGCAGUUCCCCGAGACCCGAGUGGCUCCGGUUCGACCUGACCAGCGUCGUGACGCAAUGGGCGGGCCGUCGCAACAGGCCCCGGGUGCUGGAGAUCAGUUGCAAGACGUGCGGCAACCUGAGGAAUGCCCUGCCGUCGGGGACGCCCGUGGGCUCGAGCGGCGACAAGCAGCCGUUCCUGGUGGUGCGCACGGACCCAAACGCCCCGGCAGGCCACUCUCGUUCCAGGCGCAGCGUGGACUGCAGCUCGUCCAUAUCGCGGUGCUGCCGCGAGUCCUUCUACGUGUCCUUCAAGGAGAUCGGCUGGGACAGCUGGAUCAUCCAGCCGGCCGGCUACUCGGCCAACUUCUGCCGGGGCUCGUGCAUCCACGACAUCAGCGUGAACAAGUACCACCACACCACGGUGCUCCAGAGGUUCCUGCACAGCGCGGCGUCGGCGGGCGUCAACGACACGCUCAAGCUGAGCCUGUGCUGCACGCCGUCGCGCCUGUCUUCCAUAUCGCUCAUCUUCAUCGACGACGACCAGGUCAUCAAGCAGAAGAGCCUGCCAAACAUGGUGGUCGAAGCGUGCGAGUGCGCGUGACCGGUGCGUGGCGAAAUCUUUAGGUUAAAAAGUAAAAAAAAAAGACUCAUUCCUUUCCAAACAGAGAUUUUGGACUCGUGCUUCGGUGGGGUGCUCCCUCUUCGUUUCUGAGUGCGAGGCUGAGAUGGACUUGCUCUGUGAGCGCCCCCCGAUACAGCAGUAUUUAGGAAAGGUCCUUAUAGAUGUGCUCUCUCAAGUAAUAGACAUUCGGAAGGGCUUAUUACAGCGACGAAUAUGCGAGGUCAUUCGUAGUCCGGUGCACAAAGUUCAUUCUAGGAGGCAGGUACAAAAAUGUACGCAAUCCUGUUCUUUGGCCUUUUUCAUGUUCAAAGAACCACCGACAGAUUCCAUUCGAGAAAAAAAACAUAUCGGUCAUGGACGUCAUUUUUCUAACAGUAGAAUCUCAGAUUCUCUGGACGCCUUAUUCCUUCCCUGGUAUUGAUAUCAUCGAUGCGGAUCUCUAUAUAUAAACCACUGUGGUGAAUGCCUGCUGACCUGAUAACACAUCUAACCUAAUUAGCGAACUGCCUGCGCUAUCCACAGGCGUUAACUACGCGACGUGCGUUAUUCUGGCAUGACGGAACCCUGCUAUUUGAUACUCAAGUCCUACGAUGCCCUCGUCUUGGACGAAUACUUCGCUUCCUUAGUGCCGAGCGAACUCUCGGCUUAAGCACAAAGAAAAAAAGUGCGCAAACAGAGGAAACAACGGAGUCUUUGAUCUCGAUCUUCCGUUGACGACCGCAUUCUUGCCAGCAAGGCCGUUGCUCAUCCAGGCAGGACGCCUGCCACUAAAGAGAAAAAAAAACAAGAACUUUGAAAAAAAAUACAACUACGGCACAACACAGAUAAAUAAGAGACAGGUUUGCAGACAACAAAAUGCGAGAUGCAGGGCGCAGAAUUUUCGCCUCGGCAAUCUCAGGUUCUCGUUUUCGGCCUCGAUGACCCGAGGACACCGUACGCGACGAAGAGACAGGGGGGAAAAAAACGUAUCCGAAGGACGCAGACGUGCACGCACACACGCACACAGACACCCACGCACUUACGCACACGCACGAACACGCCCGGCCAACCAAGCACGCAGACCACACGCACGUGCGCGGACACGCUCGCUGCGACCGACCCCACGGGCCGCUGAAGCCAGCAGCAGCAGCCACGCAUUAUCUCAAUCUAGAAAUGUGUUGUGCUCACUCGUAACUAGAUCUCUCGGUAUGAAGCGGUGGGUGGCGAGAGGGAUGAAGCCGUGUAUCUCAAUUUUUUUUUCUUUGAGCCCGUCGCAUAUACGCUGCCGUCGGCGGAGUUGUUUCUCGGUUGUUACUCGAACACCACGAUGCCGCUUGCUCCUCCUUUUCCGCACAGAUGGCACGUUUCCUAUAUGCGAGAGCCUCGCACGAUGGAACGUUUCCGCAUGACUCCACCGUUUCGUCUGCACAGACUUCAUGCUGAGGCCGAGGACGUGGUCUCCUCCCCUUCCCCCCCCCCCCCCCCACCUUCCUUCCUUAUCGCCUCUUAAUUCAUCUAUCCAUCUGCCCGUCAGCAAGAGAGUCUGCAUCGCCGCAAAGAACGAUACGUUGGAAACUGUUUUCGCCGCCCUAGCCCGACCGCUUCGCAACAAACUUUUCACUCGUUCGUUCACUCUGACGGCUGAUGACGUCGAAUGUUAUCGGGACCAAUGGUAGCACGUGGAGAGAGUGAAACUACACGCUAUCACGGCACAUGUUUUUUUUUCUUUUUUUUUUCCUAAAACACUGCUCUCCUCGGACCCAUCCUGGUCGCAGUCCUUUGAGAUAGUUUCACACGAGUACAUAUACCCUUGUUUUUCAUACUCUAGUCCUUUCAAACAUUGUGAUGUCUCUAGUUAGCACACCAUUUCUCUUUUCAUAUAACUUGUGCAGCGAGUUCUCCUAGUGAGACUCGCAUUCUUAACCAAUAGGUCAUAAUUUAUCAAUUUUUUGUUUUGUCUAAAGCAACCCUUUUUUGUAUUUUCUCAGCUCAUCACGUCUGCGCAAAUUCGCAACAAACACAGUGCAUCGCUUAUGCGUUGUCGCUAAAGAUUACGAUCGAUUCCUAUCGAGGCCUAUCGGUUCCUACUUCAGUGCACCCUGAGACUCAGUCAGCUAUGUCGUGCAGGAAUUUCUCGCAAUUUCAUACACGCUUCCUUCUCAGUUUCCUUUACCCUGUUCCAACUCAGAAGCCCAGAGUUGGGAAUCCAUACCAGACACAGCCUUUCGGUUUUAUGCUUUUUCUAUUCUUGUAUUUACCGAUUCUGUUUGACUCACUUCUAGAAUUAAGACUUUUGCUGCAACUUUGGGUAAUCUUUACGACGCAAGACAAAACAACCACGACUUCUUUUCUUCACUUAGGUCAUGUAUUUUAUCUCUUGGCAUUUUUUGUCCCAUUUUCUGUGCGAUUGUAGAAAAAAAAGCGCGAAUUAUUUAUGUGGUGUGCGGAGAAUGUAUUUAUACAGCGAAUGACUUCUCUGUUCUGUCUUUCUCUAGUUUUUGUAUGCCUUACAGAGAAGACGAGUGUUUCCUGUGUGUGUGCCCACGUGUGCGUCUGUAAGUUCGCUGAUCGCACGUCUCGCCAGAAAAUUGACGAAUAAAGUAUAUUAAUCCUUUU